UGCUGUUACAUGAAAAAAAUAAUUUUGCUUUUAUAAAAAUGCUUACACUUUGCUGAAUCAGUGAAUCUAUUUUCAUUUCCUUGCAGGUGAAUGAGGAUGAGCCUGGAAAAUGAUUCUGAAAACCAGUGGGACAAACAGGCUGUCUUUUGUUUGGGGGUGGAUCAGGGAAGUUUCAGAGGGUGAUGCAUGUUUACAAUGCGAUUGCUAUGGGGGCUAAGGCUGCCCCUGCUCAUACUGAUUCAACUUUUGUGCCCCAACAAAUCAAGCUACGAGUUACAUGCUGAGGCUUUGUUCACUUUCAAGGAUUCACUUCGUGGUCCACGUCAAUUUAGAUGCAGCAUUGUGAAAUAUCCAUGCCAAAUGCAAUGGCCUUGUCUUGACUGCUACAAACCAAAAGAUCCAGGUGGAAUAACAGCAAAGAUAGAUGGGAAUAAUGACAUUCCAACAUUUACACCUCUUCGAGAAACUCAAGUUAGAAAACCAGGAGGAACAAGGAAUGCUGCCAUAGUUGGUAGUGUUGCUGCUGCCUUAAUCAUCAUUGCUACUAUGAUUAUUGUCUUUAUCUGCCUGAUGCGUGUUAAAAGAUUUAUGAGGCAAGCAUCUGAUGUUGCUUCUUCUAUGCCCUCUCCCACAUUUGAGAUGGGAAGAGUCAACAACACGCUGCAUGUUAAUGAUUUCUCUCCACAUCAUACGCAGAACACAAGGCAGUUAACAAUUUUGGAACUAGAACAAGCUACACGAAAUUUCAGUCAAAGUAAUAUUAUAGGUGAAGGUGGAUUUGGUUUUGUAUACAAGGGCUUGCUUCAAGAUGGAUCUAUUGUGGCCAUAAAAAGACGUCUAUUUGCUCUAACACGGGAUUUCGUCCUUGAGGUAAAGCAGAUAGCUCAUAUUCAUCACAUCCAUCUUGUCAAACUUAUAGGCUAUUAUGAAGACAGCUAUCAACAAUUACUUGUAUAUGAAUAUCUCCCUAACGGCAACGUAGGGUGUCACCUAUAUGACAGUGAAGGUUUACCUAUUGGAAGGUUAGACUUGAGGCGAAGGUUAUCUAUUGCUUUAGGCGCGUCCAAAGGAGUGGAACAUCUUCACAGUUUGGUCCCUCCUUCGGUUCACACCAAUUUUAGAACUAGCAAUGUUUUGUUAGAUGAAAAUUAUACGGCCAAGGUUUCCGAUUAUGGAUUCAGCAAAUUGAAAACAAAAGUUGAUCAGGCUGGCUCAUCUUCAAAUAUAGACUGCUUUCUCGACCCAGAGUUGAGCUUUCCACAAAACUAUUCGGAGAAGAGUGAUGUAUACAGUUUCGGGGUCUUCUUACUAGAGUUGCUUAGUGGUUGUGAAGCACAUAACAAAAACAUGACGAGCCCAGAUGAAAAUAUAGUAUUUCAGGCAAAAAAUAGCGUUGAGUUGGAGAACUUUGUUGACAUAACGCUGGGAGAGGAAGAAAAGCAUGGUGCAAGACGAAUGAUGAAGAUGGCAUUGUUAUGUGUGGAUAUCACUUCUAGAAGACCAUCAAUGGCGCAAAUUGUGCAAGAGCUGGAGCGGAUUGAAAGAGAAAUUGCUCCGAUGUAUUCUCAAUUCAACGACGAGAUUGGUGCCGUCACUCUUGGGAGUGAACUUUUUCAAUAAGCCUUGCCAUUUACAUUAUAUAACGUGCUUGGAAACUCAAAAUGAAAAAACAAAAUGUUUGAAAUGCUAAAGUUAUAACUAUUAGUUUGUCAUUUUUAGCUACCAUUUUUUUAGUGCACAAUUAUUAUUGUUAUGGUUAUCGUAGUUUUAGGUAUAUUGGUCCUGGAAGGAUAUUCACUUGUAAUUAUUGCAUUAUUCAA